UCUGAGCGGCUGCCGGCGCCAGCUAGCCCAGCGCGCGCUAAUAGACGGGCAGUGUCCCGUUCGCCGCAGCGCGGAGCGGACGUCGGCAGAGUGCGGGACGGACGAUUGCUUCUCUCGUAGCGCCGGGCGCAACAGCUAGCGGCGGUCGCGCGGGACCCGCCUGCGACUCUAGAUGUGGCGCUGCCGCCACAGACGGGCUUCUUGCUGCACUCGGAGGUCCAAGUGGCGAGAAGCCGUGUAGCGAGCGCCGCGGUCGACGACGCUCCCUCAUGGAAACACGCGUUUCAGUCCCGAACGGGCAGGUGACGGCUCGGCCGGAGCAGCUGCAGCGGCUGCUGUCGCUGGAGGCGGGGUCCGCGGUGGGGGCGACGCGGCGGCCCAGCUGCCGGCCGGCGGCGUCGCGGCUCAAGGUGCCGCUGCGCGCGCUGCGCCUUCUGCUGCUCGCCGUGGCGCUGCCCGCGGCGCUGGUGGCGGCGCCGCUCUACAUGCGCUACCGCGUCUACGGCGACCAGCUGUACCCGGCCGCCGCCUCAGACAUGCGCGUCAUCGACGCCCGCGUCUCCACCACCUGGUGCCAGAGGCAGCUGGUGCGCGUCAACAGGACUUUCAACGCUUUCCUGAUGCCAGAGCUGCCCCAGAUCCGAGCGCAACCCGUGCGCCUGUCCAUGGUGCGGCAUCUGGAACUCGACGAUGACUUCAAGGAGUACUGGGCCUACUACCUGCUCAAGGGCUCCUCCAUCACCGUUUCCACCUGUGCCAGAUGGCCUGGUGCCUCACUGAUUGUGAUCCGUGGACAUAAGCACCUGCACGAGUGUGCGUACAUUGGUGAUGACUCUUCAGAGGAAGAAGAGGAGCAGCUGCUACGGGAGGCAGCAGAACAGGGGGUGCCAGCAGCAGUCACCACCAGCCCCUUGUCCUUGCCCCAGGCCACCCCCGCAAGGGUAGCCCAGUCCAAGGGUGAGGAUGAUGAUGAGGACAGCCCUGCCAAUUCACCCAGCGUAAUGCGCAGGCUUCGUCCAGGUGUAAUUAUUCACAAGAAACCUGGUCCAAUUGCACAACAUGAACUUAUAAAUCAUUCUGAUGAUGCUGAUCACCAUUAUGAGCCUGAGGAGGACUUGCACAAAGUUGCUCACAAUUUAAUACAUGCAGGUGUCAGAGUGAUUCCACCCCCAAAGUCAAAGUUGAGAGUUACAACAAAUAAGCCAAAACGGUCUUCAGAGAAAUCAGCUGGCAUAUCCACUAAAGUCACAGAUGAUGAACAUAAAAUCAGGCACAAUCAGGCCAGAUCUUCAACAACCAGCAUGUGGGAAAACUCAGAGUCCAGUGCAGAGGCAACACCAGCAACAAGGAGCAGUGCUGCAAUACAAAACAUUUCAGCAACUUCCAAUCAGCUAACACGGGGCCAGAAUAUAAAAAAUGUUUCAUCUUCCAUAACACCAUAUCUACAUAUAGACACUAAAAUCCAGACGUCAGUAUCCAAUGAUACUGGAGGUCAGCCAACAUCAGCAGAGAUAUUUGAAGAAGUAUUGCAUAAAAUACAACAGCUUGGACCACGUGGCCAGAAGGUAUUAAGGCGGCUGAACAAGCAGCUUGGUGGCGAUGAAGAUGGAGAAAAAUUGCGUAUGGUGCUCAAACAGAUGUUAGAGAACUAUGAUAAAAAACAUGGUUCUGUGCCAGCAAGUGGACAGCAGAACCCUCAAAACAGAACUCGUCGGGAAACUGCUCUUCCUACAAGUAAACUACAUGAGAUAAUUGCAAAUGUUGUCCAUCAAAAGAAGGAAGGCUCUUUGGACCAUACUAGCACUAGUGAGGAAAAGAUACGUUCACGACGACAUUUGAAAUUGGCUUCAGAGCUCAUUGACGAUGAUGCAGAAGCUGAUGCUGGCAUUGAAGAAAUCGACCUGGUGCCUGAUGGUUUCGCAGAUCACCAUGCUGUAAUAAAUGAAACAGACCCACUAGACAUGUCAAAUUCAGAAUUCUGGUCAUCAUUCUCAAGCAGUGAAGAAGCAUUACUCAACUGUGCAGGGCUUGUGCUCAAUUUGCCACUCACACCAAGUAGGCUCUGCAAUGCUAGUGAAUCCGAAGAGUCUCUCAACAAAGCAGGACUGCAUAACACAUUGACUUAUAUCAUUCCAGCCACUGGUUAUUACUUCUUUGUAUUCAACAGUGAAAAUGAAGUACAAACCAACUAUAUGAGGGCAUACUUCCAACUGGAGAAGAGAGUCUACAAUGUUUCAUAUGCCUUGGAUGCAUGUGUCAAUUCAACAGAAGCAUGUUCUCUGCCACUAGACUUCUGGUCAAAUGAGAAGGUAGUCCUGGAGCUACCAGCACCUUUGAAACCAAAUGAUUCAGAAUGGAACAAUGAAUAUGUUAUUCAGUCCACCUGUGAACCUCGCACUGCCCUUUACUUGGUUUGUGUAAUAGCUGUCCCCUUGCUCAUUCUGAUUUUUGCAUUCCAGUAAAUAGCAUAAUAUUUUUCUCUACAGAAUCCUGUGGGAAAUGCAGUGAUUUUAGUAUAAAGGCAAUGAGUGUAUCAUCACAAUUUCCCAUUAAAAAAAUUGAGCACAGAGAACAUCUUAAAUUGUUCUACAUAACCAUUCAAUAAAUUGUCAGUUUGAGUAAGUUUACUAGUAAAUGAGAAGAUAAAAUGCAUUUUAUCAUCCUCCAUACAUUGAGAAACUAGUUUUUGAAAUAUUUACAUGAUAGAAUUUAACCCAUCAACUUUAUUUUGCAUUUUACUUCACUGGCAUUUCUAUUUUAUCAUCAUAUUUUAGUCUUCAUAAAUAGCUGGAAAUAUGGCAAUAGAACCGAUACCACACUUGAAUUUCGACUUGCUCUGUUACUGUAUGAAAAGACAAUAUUAUCAUAGUGUCAAUGGCAAUUUUUUUAUUUUAAAUUAGGUACUGCCAUUGUAUCAGUAAUAAAGGUUGGACUGAUCUGUAUGUGUUUUUAUAAAACUUAUAGUUAAAUUGUUGUUGGAAACAUAAAGUAGGAGUUUUUGGCUGAGCAUUACAUUUUUCAAAAAUAUUAAAAAUUUACAGGAGAGACUACAAAUUAUUUUAAAAAAAUAAAUGUACUUUCUAUGAAAUGUAUUUGUAACAGAACUACCUUCUUUGUUAAUGUAUUGCUUUUCCCAGAAUUAUACCUAUAAGGCUAUUGAAGAAGAUAAAUUUCCUUUCAAAUGAGUAAUAGUGAAUAUUUUUAAUGGUUUUAAUAAAAGAAACCGAAGUGUAUAACAUUAAUGGAAAUUGGAUUUCUCACAUUUGAGAGGAAUGAAAUGUCAAACACAGACAUUAAUAACUAAGUACUGAAUGUCAGUCUCAUACACAGAAGAGAAUGUGCAUUUGAUGAGAUCAUGGUAAGAAUUUUUAACCUUAGAGAGAGAGAUUUUUUAAGAAAUCAACCAUAAGCAUAAAAUCCCUCACAGAAGGAUUGAUUGACAUGUUUAUUCAUCCGUAUAACAAUACAGAUUCUAUGCAAGUUGUCAAUUGUUUCUUAUGAACUAAAACAUACAUGGGUUCUUAGAAUGUUUACAGUUCAAUUCUUACAAGUAAAUUCAUAACACCACACAGAAGGAGUAAAAUAUAUGCUGUGAGAACACACAACCUGAUAUUCAGAAAUGAUGCAAAGCUGAGAGUUAUCCAGUCAUGUACAACAUCAAGCCUAUGUCAUAAAUGAUAUGUAGCCUAAAGAAACCAUUUUCUGCUUUGACAGAUACUCAUUGACAACCUUAAUAACACUGUUCUCCCACUCAAUCCUGCAUGAAACUGAAAUGCUACAUAACCGAUCUUGUGUGCCUUGUAUUCAAUGAAUGCAUUGAUUCUCAUUUUACUCAUUUUAAAACUUUCUCACUAGAUUUUUAAAACUUCCAAAUCUCACAAUUAUUGUCAUUUUCAUUUGCAAUAAUUUUGACCUCUCUCUCUCUCUCUCUCUCUCUCUCUCUCUCUCUCUCUCUCUCUAUCACACACACACACACACACACACACACACACAAAACACACACACACACACACACACAAACACACAAAUAUUUUCACUAGACAACCAUAGGUGAGCAAAAUACAAAGUAAUAGAAGAAAAACAGAGUAACUUCAUUAUCUUUAUCAGUUCAGUCCUGAGUUAAUUAAAUGUCAUGUGCCCUACCUUUCUGUUAUUAGAGUUUUCCAUUAUUGUUUACAGUUUCAGGAUCGAAAGUUCAUUUUACCUGCUUUUAUGAUAUUGUCACUUGUUGGCAUAUUACUGUAUGGAUUUUGAUUUUUCUGUCAUCUAAGGCAUUUGUUUCCUUCAGGCCCCUGUUAAAUUUAUGUAAAUAUUGAAGUUAAUUGUUAAGACCUUUUAUUCCUUGAACAAUUUCCAGUCCAGACAGGUGAACAAAUACUUUUUGAGCUAAUUCAGCUGAAUUAGCUGAAAGCAAUUUCUUAAUCUAGUCAUUUUAUUGUCUGUAAGCCAAAAUGGAAAUUUUCAGGUAAAUACCAAGGACACCCAUCAUUUUAACUUCAUUUGUUAAUUUCAUUGAGAUACAUACUCUACCAUUCUUAAUCUUUUAUAAAUUUUAUUUGUUAUGAAGAGAAUGGUUUUAAUCAUGUGUGCACUGGGUUUGAAUAUAUUUUAGAAGUGAAGAGUGGGAUAUAACAACUAUUAUAAGAAUUGAAAUGGAUGAUUCUUGUUCUGAAGAUCUCAAAAGACUGUUCAGAUUUAUUACAUAUGAACUACAAUUUCUUUUAAGCUACCUCUGUGAUAAGUAUGAUAGUGUAUUUAAGUGAGUGAAUGAGAUGUUAUGACUUAAGCUUAUAAGUGUACCUGCAUUCACAUAUUAACAAUGGAUUUACUCAUAAGUGUGUCAUAUAUUUGUGAAAGUAUCUUUUAUACUUGGUUGUAAAAUAAAUAUUUAAAUCUUUUA